AUGCUACGGCGAACAACGACGAAGGGGAUUGUAAAAGAGAAGUCUGCGUUCGUAGAAUUGAUGGGUUAUCAUGGAAUUAACGUCAAACUUGGAGCAUUAUGUGCUCUUCUCUGCAUUAUUUUACUCUAUUGUUUGCUUACAAACCGAAUUUUUAGAAGAAAAAGGAAGUUAAUUAUUACCUUAGCCGCUGCCGAUCUUUUCAACAGUCUCGGAAUAUUACUUAUGGGUGUGGAUCGAUGUCUUUCACGUCAGAGUAUUGCCCAUGUUCGACUGUCUUUGAAUCUCGGCAUGUUGAAACGUAGUUUUAACUGA